CGUGUGUCAUUUUCAUUGUGAACCACUUGUCAACACGAGAUGGUAUCGUUAUCGCUGCGUAGUUCAAUAUUUUUAAUACAGAACAUUCAGAAAUAGCGGUUGUCUUUCAUUUUGUUUCGUAUUGAUAAGUUAGCCUUCUGCGCCAGUGAGUGUAAAGGCUCCUAUCAAUAACUAUCGUCAAUUCGUUGCAUUGCAACCUUGUUUCAUCGUCAAAGUAUCUGUGAUUUUAUUGUAGAAAAAAAUAAAGAAAAGAAAAACCAUGAAGACGUUUUUGCUGGUCGUCGCGGCUGUUUUGGCUGUCUGCUCAUCAGCAUUUGCCACACAAUGUAAUGUGAACCCAGUAAACAUCCCAAAGCAAUGGAUCACGAUGUCGCACGGAUGCCGGAACGCGGUGCGCAAACAGAUCCAGAUGGAGGUAGCCGCCUCCGUGCAGUACUUGGCCAUGGGCGCGCACUUCUCCAAGGAUUCCGUGAACCGCCCCGGCUUCGCUAAGCUGUUCUUCGAAGCCAGCUCGGAGGAACGCGAGCAUGCCCUGAAGCUGAUCGAAUACCUGCUAAUGAGGGGAGAGCUCACCACCAACGUCACCUCUUUGAUCACCAUCAGGCCCCCAGAACACAAGUUCUGGGCAUCUGGUCAAGCAGCCCUGGAGGAAGCGCUGAAGAUGGAGACGGAGGUCACCAAGGCCAUCCGGAACGUCAUCAUCAAGUGCGAGCAGGACCGCGAGGACAACGACAACAAUGAUUAUCAUCUUGUCGACUACCUCACCGGAGAGUUCCUCGAAGAGCAAUACAAGGGACAACGCGACAUCGCGGGCAAGGCCUCCACGCUCAAGAAGAUGAUGGACCGCCACUCCGCCCUGGGAGAGUUCAUCUUCGACAAGAAGCUCCUUGGCAUGGACAUCUAAAAGCCAUGAAUCCAAGCCAUAUAUUGUAGUUUAAAAAAAACGUCACUUUUGUCACUAUCGUUUUAAAAAUAAAUCGUUUUUUUUUUUAAUUUUUAUUUAUUGUUUUUCUCUAAAAAGUUAACCAUAGAAAUGUUAAAGUAAUGUGUAGUUAAAAAAAAAAAAAACAAAGUAAGUAAUGCACACCUUUAUCAUUGAAAUAAAGCAUUUUAUUCAUAGAAAUUGUUGGAUUUAUUCAAAUUAAUGGAGCUACAAAAUUAAAAGUUUCUUCGUGCUUUAGUCAUUGUUAGGACAUUCUAUUUUCAAAUUACAAACUCGCUGUAGAAAUAAAUUAAAUAGACAAGUUUUUUUUUAUCAGUACAAAUACCUUUUUUUUUAAUUUUAAUUUUUUACCACAGAAUGCGAAAGUGGAAAGGCCGAUUUAGUAAUUUAGGUCUUUUCUAGAUUUUAUGUAAAAAUGUAGUUAUAGUUUUAAGUUUAAUUAGUAAAUCUAAAAUUUUGUAAUUUAUUAAUUUUUAUGCUGAGAAAGACGUUUUCCUUCGAAAUACCUAUCAAUGUAAGUACCUAUGUAGGUUUAUCUUACUAAAAAAACUCCUAUCAAUUAUAUUAUGAUGUUCAAAAUUCCCGCCAUAUUUUUUCGUUAUUUGUAAAAGAUUAUAGGUAUGAUAGUUAACUUUGUCAUCUCUUAUUUUGAGAAAUAAAUAUUACUUCCGUCACAA